CCCCUGGCCUUUUCCAUGCAGGGAUCCUGGCCGUCCAGGCAGCUGGCUGGAAACCCGUGUUUGGUUUGCAGGAUUCCAAACAUUUCACAGCCCCAGUCAUUCCCUUUCGGACAGGCUCAGCACGAAGGGGCCGGCAGCUGCGGACAGGGACGGACAUCAAGGAUGCGGGCCCAGAUCUUCAGUGUUCUGGCCGUCUUCUGCCUGCUCCAGGCACAGGCUGAGGUGCCAGUUCAGCCUGACUUCCAGCAAGAUCAGUUCACAGGGCGAUGGUACAGCAUCGGCAUCGCCUCCAACUCCCGGUGGUUCAAGGAGAAGAAGUCCGUGAUGAAGAUGUGCACCACAGUGGUGACGGCCACGGAAGACGGAAACCUGGACGUCGCCAGCACCUAUCCCAAGCAUGACCAGUGCGAGACGAGGAGGAGUGUCUUCGUCCCAACUGAGCAGCCUGGCCUCUUCAGCUUCACCAGCCCACGCUCAGGAAGCCAGCAUAAUAUCCGUGUGGUGGAAACCAACUACGACGAGUACGCCUUGCUGCACGCCAAGCUGACGAAAGGCGGGGAAACCUUCACCAUGGUGACACUCUACAGCCGAAACAAGAUGGCGCGGCCUGAGCUGCAGGAGAAGUUCACCCAGCUGGCGCUGGCAGAAGGACUCACCGAGGAGAACAUCCUCAUCUUGCCCAGGACUGAUCUGUGCAUGGCAGAAACGGUGUAGACCGACCAUCCGGGUUUCGUCGCGAGAGAGGAAGCCAAAUUCUCACCGGCAGUCCUGGAUUUCCCCCGCAAUCCAAGUAGCAACUUUUCCCGUUAAGAACUGCGCAGUGUCAAGCUAAAUCCCUUCUGUGUCAUAGUCUCCCUUGUUUUGAUAAACAAUAAAAAGGUGUAACACAA